UCUGUAGGAGGAGCUGCAGGGUCAGGCUGCCCCGUGUCUCCGGGGGGCUGAGGGGAGGCGAACAUUUAAAAAACAAUAUAUUCAUCAUUUUGGAGGAUUUCAGUACAGAGAUUAUUGGACUUUGCCAUAUCUGACCAGGAUGAAUUCAUCAUUGGUUGCUUAUGAUGAUUCAGAUUCUGACACAGAGACUGGAAAGGCUGAAAAUCUCAAUCUUUCUAGCAGAGAAACCAGACUUGCAAGUUCUGCUGUGAAUCCUAUUCACUUUUUUGCACCCGGUGGAUUAGGCACAAAAUCUACAUAUAAAAUUCAGACUGUUGAGAAUACUGCCAGUACUGGCACAAACAUUAUUUGUGAAGGUGCUCCAGCAUAUAAGGUACAGGCUAAUAACAGGGAUUUGGCAGCUGUUUAUCCCUGGAAAGAAUAUUCUAACCAGGCUGAAACACUUUCUGGAAAUGAAAGUUUCUCUCAGAAGAGAGUACAUCAGGACAAGAUUAUUACCAUAAAGGGAAUUAGACCAUAUAUCCCUAAAAGACUUCGACAAGAAAAAACUUCUAAAGCGUAUGAAAUAAAAGAAUCUGAAGAACAGAGAGAGAGUUAUGCAAUACCAGGAGAGCAAAUUUCCACAGAGGUUUCUGAAUGUAUUAAGCCAUAUUUAGGGUCUAAGUACAAAUCAACUGAAAUCCCAAGGAACUUGGUGUUUCAGAUGUCCAAUCACAGUGGUCCAGUUAAUAAAGUCCAGUGGUGUCCUGUACAAGGAUGGAGCCAUAUGCUUCUUUCCACUUCCAUGGAUAAAACUUUCAAGAUAUGGAAUGCUGUAGAUACAGGCUGUUGUUUAAAAACAUACUCCUGUCACAGCUGUGCUGUUCGAACUGCUCAGUGGUCUUUGUGUGGAAGAAGAAUUCUCAGUGGAGGCUUUGAUUCUAUGCUUCAUUUAACAGAUGUUGAAACAGGGACACAGGUAUUUAGCAGCAAAAAUGAAUUUAGGAUCAGCACACUGAAGUUUCAUCUUUCUGACCCUAAUAUUUUUAUUUGUGGAGGAUUCAGCCCAGAAGUGAAAGCCUGGGAUAUAAGGAAUUGUAAGGUGAUAAAAGUCUACAAAGCAGCAGUACAACAGACCUUGGAUGUCCUCUUCCUUCCUGAAGGAAAAGAAUUUCUUACAAGCACGGAUGCAGUAAGCCGGGACUCAGCUGACCGAACAAUCAUUGCAUGGGAUUUCGACAGUGCUGCAAAAAUUUCCAAUCAGAUUUUUCAUGAGCGUUAUACCUGUCCGAGUCUGACUCUGCACCCUAGAGAACCUGCAUUUGUUGCUCAAACAAAUGGAAACUACAUGGCAUUGUUUUCUACCCAACGACCAUACAGAAUCAACAAAAAGAAAAGAUAUGAAGGGCAUAAGGUGGAAGGAUUUGCAGUGGGCUGUGAAUUUUCCCCAGAUGGAACUCUUCUAGUGACGGGAAGUUCAGAGGGCAAAAUAUUUUUCUAUAACUAUCACACUGCUAGAAUCAUUCACACUUUGUCUGCACAUGACCAGGCUUGUGUGAGUGCAACUUUUCACCCAGUCCUUCCGUCACUUCUUGCAACGUGUGACUGGGCUGGAGAUAUCAAGAUCUGGCAAUAAUAAAACAGUAUUCCCUGUCAGAGUGAGUACAGUUAGUCGACAUUGAAGACACGGGUGCUGGUGUUUCAUCAUAAAUAAACCAGUGUAUGUAAUUUGAAUUUUUCUUAUAAAUAUGAGAGAGUCUUGUCAUUUUGUAUAUUCCAUCCAAGCCUUCUAAGAGUAGGAUUUUCAAAAGUCCUUAAAGCUGGUCUAAGUCUGGAAGUCAAUCAGAGUUAGGCUAACACUGAGUGUUUUUGAAAAUAUCAUCUAAAGCGUUAAGCUUAAAUUUGUUUUUUUAUCAUUUGAUGCCUAAUGGGGUUAAAAAGGAUGUGUAGUGGUAAAUAUUAAAUUAUACCAAAAAUUAAAAAAAAAUAACAUUUCCACAUGACUGCAGGUCUCUGCACGUCCAACUCCUUGCUGCUCUUAGGCAGCUUAAUACUAGAGUUAGUGUUCAAGUUAAUAUAAUAAUAUUUUACAUUUAUAACAUAAUUUUUCAAUCCAAAAGAUCUCUACUUCCAUGCAGUUCAGGAUCACCAUGUGGGAGAAAUCUUCUUCUAAAGUGCAAAGGAAAAGGGUCUCCUUUUCCACAGACCUUUCUUAAUUCUUUAAGAUACAUAUCACCAGUUUAUGGUGGUUCUUCUUCAACUGGUGUAAAUUGUCAUAGUACCAUUGAAGCCAAUAGAGCUAUAACAAUUUAGAUCAGCUAAAGAUCUCCCCCAAAUAUUUGUACAUAGUCGUGUGUAUGAGAGAGAGAAAAUUCAUCUUGUGCCUUUUAGUAUCAACCUUAACUCUGACUCACAAGAUACACUAACUCUUUAAACAUAAACAUAGAUUAUUUAGAAGUUGUCCUUAUAUUGUGAUGAUUACGUUGAUAAGAUAAAUAUGUCUUGUAUGUCGGAGUUAAGACUGCUACUAGAAUGUGUGAGAUGAAUUUUCACAUAUCAGUAUUGUGGUUAAUUGAUUUUAAUGAACUGCAGUGUUACAGAAUAUUUAUGUCCAUUUUAGCUGAAUAUUUCCAGAUUUUUUUAACUAGUCUUUUUUAUGACAAUGCUGUAGUUUGCAGAUGUGUUAUUCUGUGAUCUAACUCUAAAUUAAGGAAGCAUUUUGUUUGAGAAUAUCAACUAGAAAAGAAGAGAGUAUGUACCACAGAAAUGAAAGGGGGGAAUUCCUUUUCUAAUGAGACAAAGGCCUGAAUUUCAAACAUCAACAUCAUUGGCAUACCAGUGUUCUCUCCCUAUUAAUUCCGUUAUAGUAUUUCAGUCUAUGCAAAAGAACUUUAUUCAGCUACUGGUAAUAGUGUAGGUCCAUAUUAACCCAUGUAUAUGGCUAUUUCAUAGAAUCAUAGAAAUGUCAGGCUGGAAGAGAUCUUGAGAGGUCACCUAGUCCAGCCCCCUUUGUGCUGAGGCGGGACCAAGAAAACCAUUUCUGACAGGUGUUCGUCUAAGCUGGUUUUAAAAUCCUCCAAUAAUGGGUAUUCCACAAUUUCCCUUGAAGCCUAUUCUAGUGCUUAACUACUCUGACAGUUAGUUAGAAAGCUUUUUCUAAUAUCUAACCUAAAUCUCCCUUGCUGCAGCUUAAGCCCAUUAUUUCUCUUUUCUUCAGUGGAUGUGGAGAGCAACUGAUCAGUCCCCCUUAUAACAGCACUUAAUGCUUUUGAAGACUGUUAUCAGGUCCCCCCUCAGUCCUCUUUUCUCAAGACUAAACUUGCCCAGUUUUUUUUAACCUUUCGUCAUAGGUCGGAGUUUCUAAACUUUUUAUCAUUUUUGUUGCUGUCCUCUGGACUCUCUUCAGUUUGUCCACAUUGUUUUUUAAAGUGUGUUGGCCAUAGGUGCUGACUCUGUGGGUGCUUCAGGGCUGGAGCACCCACAGGGGAAAAAAUGGUGGGUGCUGAGCAUGCACCGGCAACCCCCCAUCAGCUCUCUCCCACCCACCCCCCAGCACCUUCAGCCUGCUGGGCCCCACGGAUCAACUGUUUGACAGCAUUCAGGAGUCUGGGAGGGAGUGAGGACACAGCGCAUUUAGGGGAGGCGGAAAGAGUUGAGACUUUGGUGGAGUGGGGGUAGGUUGACCACAUAGCAAGUGUGAAAAAUCAGGACGGGGGUGAGGGGUAAUAGGAGCCUACAUAAGAAAAAGCCCCAAAUAUAUAUAAAAUUGGGACAUCUGGUUGCCCUAAGUGGGGGCAGGGUCUGGGUCGGAACUGGGGGUUGAGCACUCGCCCGACACUUUGAAAAGUCGGCACCUGUGAUGGUGGCCAAAACUGGAGAUAUAUAUCUGUUAAUGUAUGUACAUAUUAUAUAUGUUUGUAACCUACCUGGGUCUAAAAAAAGUAAAUAUAUAAAUAGUGUAUAUAUAUUUAUGUAUUUAAAUGCUCUGACACAAAGUAAGACUUUCAUUCAAAUAGCAAAUCAUCUACUUACGAAGUGGAGCUAAAUAAAAUGAAAACCCAACCACAGUCUCUGAACUGAUGAUUAGAGAGCUGCACAGAUAUUAAAUUUGGAUCCACAUCCAUCUGCAGUCCACAAACAUGGUUCAUGGAUAUCCACGGAUGCGGAUAUCUGCAUCUAUAAAGCAGAUAUCUGCAGGUUUGCAGGGCUCUACUGAUGAAAUAUUAAAUUACUAAAAUAUUAAAAAACACCACCCUCUUGUUGAGCUCUGUUGGAAUCAAGGUGAGCUAAAAUGCUUUUUAAAUACAUAUAAAAUCUGAUUCAUUAAGUACCAAGUCCUCCUUAUCUUUACUUAUGCAGGUAGUGCUUUGGGAGUCAAUGGGGUGACUCUUGAGUAAGACAAGUAAGAUUUAGCCAUCAGAGAAUAUGUGGUUAGAAUUAAGAAUAACAAAUAAAAUAUAAUUAUUUUUAAAUAAUUUGUCCUUUUAUUUUUCCACCUUGGAUUGAGUUCAGGGUUCUGUGUUUCAAAUGCAAGAGUUGAUGUCAUCACUAUCACCUGGAGUGUGCACAGCUUUAUUCAUAUGUCUUUGCCUUAGACAUUUAAAAUAUGCCCAUCACCAGAGUAUCUAAGAUUUUUGGAGUUAAGACUGGCACCAACUUUUGCAGACAAGGCCUUGGUUCACUUUUAAAAUGCAUUAAAUUAUAAUAGUAGUCUUGUGCCUAUAUUUUCUUGAGUCAUAGUCCACCAAAAUUAUCCAGGCCUGUGCAGAGUCCAACUAAUUUCAGAAGGACUCCACAUGUGCUUUGAAAGAUCAGGACUGUAGGGCCUUAUCCUGCACCACGAAGUCAAUAGGAUUUUAUGUCCAAAACAGUUGAUAGUAUUCAGUUUUAUACAGCAUUUCAGUUCCAUCUUUAAGGUUUGUUUCAGCUGUUGGUCUUGAAAGUCUGUUUAUUCAUGUUUGUGUUGUAUAUUUACAAAUAGAGUGUUAAGGUGCUGGAGCAAUUUUGCACUUUUCUUUGUGUUGAUAAUAUGGAUCAAAAGAUAAUAAAUUAAUCCAUAGUGUUA